UUGUUCUGGGAACGAUCCCUCCUCCUGUUCACUGCCCGCUCCCCACCAGCUGGGCUGCAGCACCCCUGGCAGCUCCGCCGGAGACUUCAAACCCAGCGCUGCCUCAGCUGUGAGCACGCAGCAUCCCUGCAGCACCAUGUGCCUGGGGCUUUGCCUCCUUCUGGGGCUGCUCAUCCUCGGGACAGAGCCGGGCACUGCACCAGGCGAGGAAGGCGCCCACCCCGGCGUCUGCCCCCCACCCUCAUCUCAGCCUCAGCACGUGCCGUGUCCCAACGCCUGCGAUAACGACAGAGGGUGCCUGCAGGACCAGAAGUGCUGCUUCACCGCCUGCGGCUUCGGCUGCGUGACACCGCUGAGGAAUGGCAGCAGCGACCUCCCCCCACCCGGAGACGUGGACUGGAGCCUCAGCCAGGCCGAGGACUCGCACCAGGGGGAGCUGCAAAAACCAGGGCUGUGUCCCCGGGACUUCACGCGCUGCCUCCACCAGGAGCCCCCUCUCUGCACCAACGACUCAGUGUGCCCUGGCUGGCUCAAGUGCUGUUCCCACGAGUGCCGCCUCCGCUGCACACCCCCGGCAGAAGAGAAGCCCGGUGCCUGCCCCGCAGCAGCCCCGGAGGGGCUCUUUUACCCCUGCUCCUUCCGGUGCCAGGAGGACAAGGACUGCCUGGGCAGCCAGAAGUGCUGCCCGCUGGGCUGUGGCUCAGCCUGCGUGGAGCCGGCACAGGACAUCUGCCACCUCCCCGCCGUGCCGGGGCCCUGCGGCGGCCACGAGCUGAGCUUCUUCUACAACGUCACCUCUGGACGCUGCGAGACGUUCCCCUACAGCGGCUGCGGGGGCAACGCCAACCGCUUCGGGACGCGGGCAGCGUGCCGCCGGGCGUGCCUGGGCCAUGAGAAACCUAAAGCCGGGGAGUGCCCCGCGGUGCUGCCAGAGCUGGAGGGGCCAUGCCGGGAGGAGUGCGACGGUGACAGCGACUGCCCCAAAGCGCUGAAGUGCUGUAACAGCAGCUGCGGCCUCCAGUGCCUGCCCGCAGUGCCAGCCCGGAAGGAUGGCUUCUGCCCAGCCAGCGCCGGGCUGUUCCCCAGCUACGACUGCAGAGAGUGGUGCCGGUACGACGCCGACUGCCCUGGCGAGGAGAGGUGCUGCCUGCGGGGCUGCGACUACGUGUGCCUGCGCCCGGCCCAAGAGAAACCGGGAAUCUGCCCCCUGAGCGAGCAGGCAGCGGGGUCCCAGUGCCAGGCCCCCUGUGCAGGAGACGAGCAGUGCCCAGGGAAUGAGAAGUGCUGCAGCAGCCGAUGCGGCCGUGUCUGCGUGGCCCCGGAGCCAGACAAACCUGGCCGGUGUCCAAAGGUGAGGCCGCAGCUGACAUCAGAGCCGUGCACGGAGGAUGAUGCCUGCCUCCACGACCGGGACUGCCCCCGGCAGGAGAAGUGCUGCUUCUCCGGCUGCGCCAUGCGCUGCUCCCGCCCGGCCAGAGAGCACCCCGGGCAGUGCCCCCGGGCAGAGCCGUGCUGGGACCCCCGGCGCCGACGCAGGAACCAGUGCCUAGAUGACAGCGUGUGCGGGCGGGAUGAGAAGUGCUGCAACACAGGCUGCGCCUGGGCCUGCGUGGCUGUGCCCAGAGAGAGCGGCGGUGGUGCCUCCGGACAAUGCACAGAGGAGUGUGAGACUGACACACAGUGCCCCCAGGGACAGCGGUGCACCCACACAGGCUGUAGCCGUGUCUGCAUGGAAAUCCCUGGAGGGAGAGUGGGAGUGUGCCCCAUCCCCAGGGAUGCCGGGACGUGCUUGGACCUGUGCAGCUUCGACGAGGAAUGUCCCUGGGGCCAGAAGUGCUGCAGCAACGGCUGUGGCCACAUCUGCAUGCCCGUUUCUCUCGAAGAGCGUGAUGUUGCCGUUGUGCCACAGCACAGUGCCGGCCGGUGCUCAGAGCAAUGUGAUGCCGACUCACAGUGCCCCCGGGGACAGAGAUGCACCCGCACCAGCUGCGGCCGUGUCUGCACAGACGUGCCCAGAGGAAAGGAAGGAGCGUGCCCCAUCCCCAGGGGCAGCGGGACAUGCUUGGAUCUGUGCAGCUCCAGCAAGGAGUGUCCCCAGGGCCAGAAGUGCUGCAGCAAUGGCUGUGGCCACGUCUGCACUUGGAUACCUGAUGCCGCCGUAAAUGAACUCCUCGCACUGCUGGCUGGACGCGUUGUAGAAGAAGCGGAUGAAGAGCGCCUUGCAGUUCCCGCAGACCGAGGGCAGGUAGCAGAAGUCUGCGUGGUCCCAAGGGCUGAGGCACGUGUGGGGCUGGGACAGACCGUGCAGAAAGGGGGAGCAGGAGGAGGAGGAGGAGGAGGCAGGCUCGCUGCGCCAUGGUGCCCAAGGCUGCCGGCUCUGCACCCCAGGGAAGUCAAGGGAGAGGAAAACUCUGCGGGGAGAAGCAGGAAAGUUGGACCCGGGUGGGGUCCAGAGGGAGGUGCCACCCACCUGCCUGCCUCUGCCCCACUGCAGCUUUCAGUAACUUUCCCCCAGAUCUCAGUGGACUGAGACCCCAGCAGUGUCUGGGCACAGGACACCAGGGACGUGGCACAAGCUGGACACGUGGCUGGGAUGGGAUGGACCACACCUCCCCACCACUGCAGCUCAGUGACCCCUCCACGCCUCUCCCGCCGUCCUGAGCUGUCCAGGAAAUUCCCCAGUUGCACAGAACCUUCCAGCCCCACACCCAGCAGGAGGGCAGGGCCACAGAGCCAAAAUCCACCGGGCUACAUUUUUCCUCCACUAUCUCUCUGUGGUAUCUCAGUUACCUGUGGGGUCAUUACAACCACUGACAUCGUAUUCCAGAAUGGCCCUCGCUGUCCCAGGGGGGUCAGAGCAGGGGAUGUUGGGGCUCGCAGCAGCGGGGGGCUGUGGGCAGGGAGAAGCAGGGGCACCAUGCAGGGGAAUGCCCAGUGCUGUGGAGCUGCACAGACAGCCCCGUCCUGCCCUGCCCCAGGGACACGCAACCUGACUCACAGCAGUGCCAGGCAGACCUCCGCCUCGGCAGAAAUAGUGACCUGGCCAGCCCAGGGAGCACCCAGGAAUGUGGCACCUCCCAGGGCGGUGGGAACUGUUCUGGGCUGUGCCACCCUGGGCAUGGCAGGGCAGAGCCGAGGGCAGAGCGGGUGCUGCAGUGCAGCAACGCCUGCUGGCCCCGCACAGAGCCCAUAGGCACCAACUCUCCUUGGUCUCACAAGCAGGGAGGGACUGUCCCCACGGCCCACCCUGGGCAGGGGCAGUGUCAUUGCUCCCAGCUGUUCCCUUUCCCAUUGCUUCCAGCUCCACCAGCUGCUGGUAAGCGCAGGGUGCCGCAUGCAGGCAGCUCAGACCUCACACACACACACAGACACGUGUGUGCACGGUUCAUUGGGCACACAGCACAUUCGCAGCUAGGGCUGUGCACACGCAUGUAUGCACUUACAGAGCCUGACUUGCGCACUCACACGCACGUGCACGUGCCCAGCUGGCAGCACACACACGCACACACGUGCCAGCAGCCUGCACAGCCUGCCCUGCCUGCACAGCCUGCCGCAGCUCUCCUGCCUCCAGCACUGGGAAGCCCCAGCACUGCUAUGCCCACGCCUGGUGUCCUGCACAUGGUGGAGCAGCAGCUCCCAGGACAGCACGGCUGCAGUGCUUGGGGGCUUCAGUGGGAAGUGCCAGGGCCAGAGCUGUCACUCCAGGGCUCAGGGUGCAGGCAGAGCUGAGCGGUGGCUGAGGGUGGAACAGGAGGUGAGAGGUGGCUCCAGCGCAGUGUAACGGGCACUCAGGCACCCAUCCUGGCUUCCCACACGGCCUCCACUCCCCAUCCUUAGCACCAGGACCCUCAGGCACCCCAGGGUGUGGGGCUGGUGGCCACCAGCUGAGCUUAGCUCCUAGCCACAGAGCCAGGCUUGGGCAGAACAGGGCUGUGGACCAUGUCCGGUCACAGGACGUCCCUCAGGAGUCAGCAAUUGUUCCCGGCGGCAGAACAAUGCCCGGAGAGCUGCCAGGGCACCACGGGCUGCUCCACACCGCUUGGCCCAGGAGCCUCCCUCCACCUGCCCUGCAGUGCUCCCCAGGUGGGAGCCCCCAGCCCCCGCUGCUCACCUGGCCCCGUACUCACCCCUGGCAGUUCUGGGUGCUGCAUCACAUCGUGGAGCAGCUCAGCUCUCAGGGCUGCUCAGAGCCCAAGGCAAUGCAGCCACCCCUUAUCCGCCACCUCCAUGCUCCCUGCACCCUGUGUCCAGCAGCACCAACCCCUGGAGGGAGGGGACACAGGGGUCACGCUCGGAUGAAGCUGGGGCAGGGACACGGUCACUGCCACCAGCCUCUGUCCUUGGGAGGAUUUAAAGCCCUGCCUGUACUUGGUCUGGCCCCAACCCUGCCAUCCCUGCAUCAUGCGGGUGCUGUCGCUGCUGUUGCUGCUGGUGCUCUGCUGCCUCUGGGCCCGGCUGGUGGCUGCAGGGUUCACCUAGCUCCUGCUUGGACCUGGACCAACGACCCCACUUGUGCAGUCUCGUGCCAGAUAGCCGGACAGCUGGACAUGGACUCAUCCAUCGACUGCAGAGCGACCACCCAUCAUCCCCCACCCCACAUCCAUCCCUCCACCUUCAGCUCAGAACUGGAGAUGGCGGUCUUUGUGCUUCUUCCUUGCCAUUAAAUCCCAUCUGCAAUGA